CUUUUUUAUAUUUUAGAAAUAUUCGAAUAGCGUGAAAAACAGGGCCAGGAUGCAUUUAGGUAAACACACACACACACAUCGAAAAUCGAUAUUAUUAAUAUUCACAGCAAAUUCACAGUGAAUAACAACAUCAGGAUUCAUUCUUUACCAUUUCAAUUUUUACCUUUCGUUUUCGAUAACCGCGAAUCUAAUCAGAAUAGAUUUACGGCUUACUUGCACUUUCCAUGAUUCUUUUUUUAUACUUAGUAUUCUUUGGAUCAUUA